CCUCUUUCCAGCGCUUUUAAGGCCCAGCCCCGACGCGCACCGGACAAGUUGGGGCCGCGCCGCCUUCCAGCCAUGGGGGACAGCUUCAUCCGCCACAUCGCCCUCCUGGGCUUUGAGAAACGCUUCGUUCCCAGCCAGCACUACGUGUACAUGUUCCUGGUGAAGUGGCAGGACCUGUCAGAGAAGGUGGUCUACCGGCGCUUCACGGAGAUCUACGAAUUCCACAAAACCUUAAAAGAAAUGUUCCCUAUCGAGGCGGGAGAAAUCAACUCAGAGAACAGGAUCAUCCCCCACCUCCCAGCCCCCAGGUGGUAUGAUGGGCAGCGGACGGCUGAGAGCCGCCAGGGCACACUCACUGAGUACUGUGCUGCACUCAUGGGGUUGCCCAGCAAGAUCUCCCGCUGCCCCCACCUCCUGGAGUUCUUCAAAGUGCGCCCCGAUGACCUCAAGCUCCCCACAGACAGCCAGUCGAAAAAGCCGGAGACAUAUCUGAUGCCCAAAGAUGGCAAGAGUAACGCGGCGGACAUCACAGGCCCCAUCAUCCUGCAGACGUACCGCGCCAUCGCCGACUAUGAGAAGAGCUCAGGCUCUGAGAUGGCUCUGGCCACAGGUGAUGUGGUAGAUGUCGUGGAGAAGAGUGAGAGUGGCUGGUGGUUCUGCCAAAUGAAGGCAAAGCGUGGCUGGGUCCCAGCGUCCUUCUUGGAACCCCUGGACAGUCCCGAUGAAGCAGAGGAUCCGGAGCCCAACUAUGCAGGUGAACCCUAUAUCACCAUCAAAGCCUACACUGCCGUGGAGGAAGACGAGGUGUCCCUGCUUGAGGGUGAAAACAUCGAGGUCAUUCAUAAGCUGCUGGAUGGAUGGUGGGUCAUCAGGAAAGAAGACGUCACAGGCUACUUCCCGUCCAUGUACCUGCAAAAGCUGGGACAGGACCCGGCUCAGGCUCAACGCCAGAUCAAGGGCCGAGGGGCGCCACCGCGCAGGUCAUCCAUCCGCAACGCGCAAAGCAUCCACCAGCGGUCGCGGAAGCGCCUCAGCCAGGACACCUACCGCCGCAACAGCGUCCGCUUCCUGCAGCAGCGUCGCCGCCCGGCGCGGCCAGGGCCGCACGGCACCGGGAGCCCGCUGCAGGAAGAACCUGAGACCCAGCGUCCGAAGCCACAGCCGGCUGUGCCCCCGCGGCCCAGCGCCGACCUCAUCCUGACCCGCUGCAGCGAGAGCACCAAGAGGAAGCUGGCGUCCGCAGUCUGAGGUUGGGGCGCAGGCCUCAGAUAGCGCCGGGCCCCUCCGCCAGCUCCCGCCCCUGUCCCUGUACAUAUGUGUACUAUAUAGCCUGAGCCCUCACCCCACAUGGCUCUCAGCCACCCUCAAUAAAUGUUGCUUGACACAGA